GACUCGACGACGCGUGGAUAACUUUAUUUAUUUUGGGAAGUGAUGACGUCCACUCCGCGAAAGGGCUCUCUCUUGGGACAUUCCGCUGCAGCCUUCUCCGGAAUGUCUGAUAUACAAGGCUGCCCUGGAAAGACCGCUAUUGUUCUCGCAGACUACGCGUACUAUAGAUAACCGGUCGAUACCACUGCUUGCUGGGGCAUUCACAGUCCGAGAAAAGGCUCUUAGAGUAUUGAGCUAGGCCGUUCUAGCUUUCUUCACCUCAAGUUUUUUCACACCUUUGGCAUGCACAGGAUCCCAUAGUCGGAGCCUUUCAGAGGAGAGCUUGCUAAUCGGAGGGUUGCUGCCUUGCGAACAAUAUGACGACGACCGUUGAUCCGCAGCAGGCCAACAGCAGCAGUCUGUCGGCUGCAAUCCUGGCGUUUUCUCGCAGAUCUCCGGCUAAUGCCGAGCAUCCUGCCACCGUCUCUGCUGGAUCGAACCAGCACUCAAGUCGUGCACACUCGUCUUCUCCUGCCGCGCGACUCAAAACGGCACCAGAUCAUCACAGCGAAUCGAAACAGUCGGGUGCGAAACCACUGCCAAAGGUACCCGCCAAACCGGCGGCGAUUUCUGCUCGUCCAAACGCACCUGCGAGGCCUUCUCAUACGCGAAAAACUUCAGCUUACCAGAUCAAGGAUACGAGUAAAGCCACAACAACAGCUAUCGAUUCUGCAGCCGUAGCCGCCAAACGCGUCGCAGCUGCCGCGGCCUCUUUGUCUUCGCAGACUACCGGGAAACCCUCUAUACAGUCUAGAAAGAUUUCCAGCGAAUCGAUUCAGAGUGUUUCUUCAGCAAAGAGCGUCGAGGGUUCAUCGAAUAAAGCUGCGAGGAGCUGUCUUUGCCCUAAAAUCACUUAUGAAUUGACCUCCCCGACAUCGACUGCCAGGCCGCCUACAACGUCACCUUCUCCCAAACCAAAGAUCAGCAGAACGCCGUCCAGAUCUCCAAGUUUGCGGCCUACUUCACGACUCACGGUUCGGUCUACAACGGGUAGUGAGCAACCGAGUGCGCGGCAGUCUCGUCAGCUUUCACCAGCUUCUUCGAGUAGAUCAUCUGGCGCACUUGCUAAAGGCGCGGUUGGUGAUGGGCCUACAAAUGACCAUAAAGUCCCAGAAGCUGCUCAAGUCGACCGAUCUUUGACGACACCAGAUCACAGUUUGCAGGGACGUACUAAAGCGAAAAAUGAGGCUCCGGCGACGCCUCCGAAGAGAUCAGAGACAGCUCCCGAUAGUAAUCCGGUGGUUCUAUCACCGAAGCCUCAAAGGCCGGCACGGUCCUCGGCACUGCUAUCCAAGCUUUCCAAAAUUGAGGCAACAGUGCCGGAUGUAUCAGUGGGCAAAACACAUGAAGCACCAACUGGUGACACAAAAGUGGAGCACACAUCGACGCCUCCGACAUCAUCAAGAGAUUCAGAAUCAGUACCACGGCCGUCGACUUCAUUGAAUAGUGACUCUUCAUCGACAAGAGCUAGUUCAAGUGCCAGCAAACCCAUCGCAAGUGCUUCUCGAGAGGAGACGUCUGCUACCCAUUCUUCAACAUCAACUACUCCCGCUACGCGCUCCACAUCACACACUCCUGCAAAGCGAUAUUUCUCCAGCAAUAAAUCUGUCGGGUCAGCGCCAUUUCACUCUUACAACAGAGCGCUGACUAUGAGGAGUAAGAAUACACCUAUAGCGAGCGAGUCGAGGCUGACGUCAAUUGGGGUGAAUCCUGCUGCCGCGUCUUCUUCCACAUCUCUCCCGGCCACGUCAAGAACCAGCAUUGAUUCCUCAAAGUCCUCUGGUGAGACGCGAAGGAGUGUUGAUUCUGUUCGGCCGCUGCAGAGCAUUGCGUCAGCGCCGCCGUCAACGCCUGCACAAGCAGUCGCCAAGAGAUACAAUAAUCCGACGGGGACCGACUUUAAGCCGCUUCAGUCCACGCUACGUACUACGAUGCGCAAUCCGGGGAAGAAGAAGCCGAAGCAUACUUUUAAUGCCGAAAAGCCCUGGAAACAUGUUGUUGUUGCUGGGACGUUGACGGAGGAGGAAAGGAAACGAUACGACGGGUUGUUUGCGGCUAAUAAGGGAUUGAUGAUGCCGGCCGAGCUUUCCAACUGCGUGCACGGGCUCGUGGUGAAGCAGCUGUGGAAGCGAUCAAGACUCGAUGCGGAGGUGCUGGAAAGAAUUUGGAACCUGGUGAGCCGAGAGAAGAAGGACUACCUGGACCAGGAUGAGUUUAUAGUGGGUACGUGGUUAAUCGACCAAUGUCUGUAUGGGCGCAAGCUACCACAAGAGCUCAGUCCGGAGGUCUGGUCUAGUCUCCGACUAGGAGUGAGUAUUUGGACGACCAAGCAUCAGUUGAAGCAUCCGAAGAGCAGCCGACACGAGCAGAAACGGCACCACCACCACAAGUUCCCUCGGAGUGCGAAGCUGCAUGUGUGAGAGUAGGGAGAUUUUGUGCUUUUGGAAGGCGUUUUGGAGUUUUAGUAUAGUUUAGAAUAGACCAGUAAAUAGAACAGACAACUGACUGCAG